AUGAAGAGGGGCUAAACACUAACCAUUGAUCCAACGGUGGGGAUUUAAUCUCCUUAACUAGGGUUACGAUAUGACCUAGAAGGCUUUGAAUAUAGAGCCCGUCACACCCCUUGAACCAGAAGUCGUCCUCUUCGUUAUUUUGGUAGUAAAGAAAAAGAAGAGGAACAGAGAAGCUUACUUAGCUCGACAGAGAGAGAGAAAGAUGUCUGAUGAGGAGCACCAGUUCGAAUCCAAGGCCGAUGCUGGGGCUUCCAAGACCUACCCUCAGCAGGCUGGUACCAUUCGCAAGAAUGGUUACAUAGUCAUCAAGGCCAGGCCUUGCAAGGUUGUUGAAGUCUCCACUUCAAAAACUGGCAAGCAUGGUCAUGCAAAGUGCCACUUUGUUGCAAUUGAUAUUUUUAAUGGAAAGAAACUUGAAGAUAUUGUUCCUUCAUCCCACAACUGUGAUGUUCCUCACGUCAACCGUACCGACUACCAGCUGAUUGAUAUCUCUGAAGAUGGUUUUGUGAGUCUUUUAACUGAAAAUGGAAACACCAAGGAUGAUCUGAGGCUUCCCACCGAUGAAAGUCUGCUUAGCCAGAUUAAAGAUGGGUUUGCUGAUGGAAAGGAUCUUGUGGUGACUGUCAUGUCUGCAAUGGGAGAGGAGCAGAUCUGUGCCCUCAAGGAUAUUGGUCCUAAGAACUAAGUAUGAUGCUGUAGCAGUAGCUGUAGCUGAUGGCAAGACUUUCUUCGUUUUUUAUUUUUUCUUGUGGAACUGUUGCUAACAGGGAGGUUUAUCAACCAUAUUUCUGUGCAAUGAACUGUUAUUUUAAAUGGUAUUUUAGCUUGCCAAGCUUGUAAAAGUGAUGACGCAAAUUUAAAGCUGCUGAUCCCGUGCAAAGGGAGCUUGCUGCAUA